UUCCACUGAAGGAUUUCAAAACAGCCUGUAACAGUAAGAGAUUUGAGCUGUUUUCGCACAAGUUGCAGCCCUGAACUUUUCAAGGACUUUCUUGAGUGAGGGCAGUGACGACGGCGAUGUGGACAAGAAUAAAUGCUGCACACUGUGUAACAUGUCCUUCACCUCAGCGGUUGUGGCACAGUCACACUACCAGGGUAAAAUCCACGCCAAGAGGCUAAAACUACUACUGGGAGAGCAGCCUGCCAUCACAACCAAAGAGGCAUCACCCAGCCCUGUAAAGACCUCCCCAGAAACAUCUCCUAUGACCUCCCCACGACAACGUCGUGACUCGGACCGCUACUGCCAGCUAUGCAACGCCUGGUUCAAUAACCCUGGCAUGGCUCAGCAACAUUAUGAUGGCAAAAAGCACAAGAAGAACGCUGCCAGAGCAGAUCUCCUGGAACAGCUGGGCAAGACCCUGGACAUGGGAGUGAUGAAAGGCCUGAAGCGAAGUUACUCCUGUGAAGUCUGCAGCGUCACACUCAACUCAGUGGCACAGUACCAUGCACAUCUGCAGGGCUCAAAGCACCAAAACAAUCUGAAGAAUCAGAUAUGUGUCCAGUGAGCGUGGGACGCCGAUUAAAAAAAAAAAACAACUACUGGAUUGAUGUCAGACAAGCUGUGUUCAGCUUGCCCUGCUUUUUCUGCCUCUGCCCUGCUUUUUGCUCUUCUCAACAAUAUUUCAAUUUCUCUCACCAUCUCUCUCUCUCUCUCUCUCUCUCUCUCUCUCUCUCUCGCUCUCUCUCUCUCUAUGGCUUUUUACUCUGACUGUUUUAGAGAUAUUUCUUUUCUAACACU